UUAAAUGGGCGGACCAUUGAAAUCUGAAUUCUUCAUGAAAAACUCUGGUAUAACCAGUUCAAAGGUUGCAGGGAGUGUUUAUUUAUAGAAUCUGAUUACAACAGGUUUUCUUGCGCUCCAAAAGAAGUGCGGCGAUCAAAAUGGCAGAAAAAGCAAAACUCUAUUAUUUUGAUGGAAGGGGUUUAAUGGAAUCGAUUAGGUGGCUGUUAACAGUUGCUGGCGUUGAGUUUGAGGAGGUAUUUUUGAAGACCAGAGAACAAUAUGAACAGUUGCUAAAAGAUGGAGCCCUUAUGUUUCAACAAGUACCUCUUGUUGAAAUUGAUGGAAUGAAGCUUAUUCAGACCAAAGCUAUUUUAAACUACAUAGCAGCAAAAUACAACCUCUAUGGGAAGGACCUGAAAGAAAGAGUCAUGAUUGAUAUGUAUGUGGAAGGAAUCAGAGAUCUGAUGGAUCUUAUUGCAAAGCAUCCAUUCUUGCCUCCUGGAGAAAAAGACAGCAACACAAAUCUCAUCCAAACAAAGGCUGUCGACAGAUACUUCCCUGUUUAUGAAAAGGCCUUGGAUCAGAGUGGAGGAGGCUACCUCGUUGGUAGCCAGCUUAGCAAGGCUGAUGUUCAGGUGUUUGAGGUUGUUUUGAUGGUUGAAGAAAAAUUUCCAUCAAUUUUGUCCAAUUUCCCGCAAUUACAGGCUUUUCAAACAAGAAUGAGAAGUGUACCAGCCAUCCAGAAGUUCCUACAACCUGGCAGCCAGAGAAAACCUCAACCUGAUGACAACUAUGUGAAAACUGUCAGGGAAGUUCUGAGAUUCUAAAGAAAAGCUAAAUGCAAUUACUAGUAAACAGCUUUUAUUCCAUCAAUAAGAAUCAGUCUUACAAAGUUAACCAUUGUUUGUAACCUCUGUACUGAGCGUACUGUUAUACAGAAAAGACAACUAAAACUGUGUGUUUUGUUGUGUUAUACCGGUAGUACCGAACCUGUUAAUUUUGUGAUUAAAAAAAUUAAGUAUAAAACUUGA